AUGUAUCGACUAGGAUUUUUGCUUCACUUGACAAUUAUUUGUACCUCGUUCGCUUUAAACCUCGACUACUUAGACCCUACAAUAUUACAGACGAGAACUUCCCCUAGGGUACAAGAAGAUGCUGCAACCGCAAUAAUAAAUAAAUACGUUAGCCAAGUGACAGUUAAAGUUGAUCCUCUUUUGUUUAACAAUAAGAAAGAUGUAUUUUCUCUGCGUACAUUCGAGGGUCAGUUGCAUAUUAGAGCAAGCACUGGCGUCGCUGCAGUUUGGGGCUUCAACUACUAUUUGAAGAAGUAUUGCAAGAGCCAAAUUGCGUGGCAAGUUCAGAAUGUCGUGAUCCCUGGAACACUUCCAGAAGUCGACGAGGUUGUGGAAGCAAGUGAUAGGUUCCGCUACUACCAGAAUGUUUGUACAGCAUCUUACAGCUUUGUGUGGUGGAAUGGCGAUCAGUGGCUCGCACACGUGGAAUGGAUGGCGCUUAAUGGCAUCAACUUGGCGCUGGCACCAGUCGCCCAAGAAGCGGUUUGGGCUCGCAUUUAUAGAGAAAUAGGCAUGACUGAUGAUGAAAUAGACGAAUACUUUACCGGUCCAGCGUUUCUCUCUUGGCUACGAAUGGGCAACGUGCAUGGAUGGGGAGGCCCGCUGCCAAAGUCGUGGCACGACCGUCAAAAGAACAUUCAAGACAGUGUAAUCGACCUUAUGUUCCGUCUUGGCAUUGUUCCUGUUCUUCCAGCCUUCAACGGCCACGUUCCGAGAGCUUUCGCAAGAUUAUAUCCCAAUAUUUCUUUUUAUUCGGUGGAUACAUGGAAUAAAUUCAGUGCUGAUUAUUGUUGUGGAUUGUUUAUAAACCCUCGAGAAACUCUGUUCAAGGAAAUUGGUGAAAAGUUUUUAAAAGAGAUGAACGUCGGCAUGGGCACGGGCCACAUUUAUACAGCUGAUCCCUUUAAUGAGAUUCAAAUACAACCGUGGUCUACAUCUCUUGUUCAAGAUACCGCGUCGGCUAUAUUUUCUGUGUUGUCAAGAUUCGACAGUAGUGCAGUAUGGCUUGUUCAGAACUGGAUGUUCGUGCAUAACCCUGCUCUGUGGCCAUUGAGGAGAGUAAAGUCAUUCUUAACGUCCGUUCCAAAUGGUCGAAUGUUGAUACUAGAUCUUCAAUCCGAGCAAUGGCCACAGUAUAAUCAUUAUCAGAUGUAUUACGGACAACCUUUCAUUUGGUGCAUGUUGCAUAAUUUCGGUGGUACUUUAGGCAUGUUCGGUAAUAUGCAAGCGAUUAAUAGAGACGUCUACGAUACGAGGUCAAACACAAACAGUACCAUGAUUGGAAUUGGGUUAACCCCCGAAGGUAUUAACCAGAAUUACGUUGUAUAUGACUUGAUGCUCGAAGCAGCAUGGCGUAAGAAGCCAGUGCAAAACCUUGACAACUGGGUAGCAGACUAUGGGGAAAGAAGAUAUGGUUGCAACGCGACGUCUAGCGCUUGGAGGUAUUUAUUGAAGAGCGUGUAUAACUUUGACGGACUCAAUCGGAUUAGAGGUAAAUAUGUCGUAACUCGACGGCCUAGUUUGAGAAUAAAACCAUGGGCUUGGUACAAAAGCAGCGAUCUGUUCAACGCAUUCAAGAAGUUCGUUUUCGCGGCUAACUCUGGAUGUGACUCGCCUGGUUUCUAUCACGAUCUAGUUGAUGUUACUAGACAAGCUUUGCAGUAUCGAGCUGAUCAACUCUAUAUGGAUAUUUUAAAAGAGCGAUCUUCUAAUGCGUUGUUUUUUAAUGCUACCAUUGUCCGGUUUAUCGACCUAAUGAACGAUAUGGAGACGAUUUUAGCAACCAAUAAUGAUUUCAUGUUAUCUAGCUGGUUGGCGGCAGCUCGCGAUGCGUCUAAUGGUAUGUCUUUCUUUGAAUUAAACGCUCGGAACCAGAUAACACUAUGGGGCCCUAAUGGAGAAAUAACUGACUACGCUUGCAAACAAUGGGCUGAGGUCUUCCAUUAUUAUUACACACCAAGAUGGUCCUUAUUCUUGUCUUUGGCGUUAGACGCAAAAGUAAGAAACGAAACCUUCGAUGAAAGGGGCGCUCAGAAAGUUGUCAGGACUUCUGUUGAGGAGCGAUUCCUGACCGUUGGUAUUGACCAAUUGAGUCCAAUAAACGCCACCAAAACAAUAGCGUCAAUACUUUACGAGAAGUGGGCAUUUGCGUCAGACCUUAUCGAUUUACCUUUGAACGUCAUAAGAGCAAGCCCUCAGAGGAGGACAACGCUCGCCGAUGUAGACUCUACUGAGAGCGAAUUAGUAGAUCGGCCGACAGUGUUGCAACUGCAUUCUACAACGCCUACUAGUUAA